UUCGUGUUGUGCAUGCGUGUUGUCGUAGAUAGAUGGAAUGACGAAACAACGUCAAUCUUUUCAAGUCGUUACUCGUGAGUGUGGAAGUGUUCCCAAGAAACCGGCAAUUUUCGCCGAAAAAAAAACGAACCAAGGCCUUAUUUAUACACAGAGAAAUGGGUGACGCGACCAAGGGAGCAAAGGUCUUCAAGACAAAGUGCGCACAGUGCCACACUGUAGAAGCUGGAGGCAAACACAAGACAGGCCCUAAUCUCCAUGGUCUGUUUGGCCGCAAGACAGGCCAAGCCGAAGGUUUCUCAUACACAACCGCCAAUCAGAACAAAGGAAUUACAUGGGGAGAGGAUACGCUAAUGGUAUACCUUGAGAACCCCAAGAAAUAUAUUCCAGGAACAAAGAUGGUAUUUGCUGGAAUAAAAAAGAAGAAUGAAAGAUUAGAUCUGAUCGCAUACCUUAAACAGGAAACAAGCUGAAGAUUGUUCAUGGUUUCUUGCCUAAUUUUUAAAUACAGGAUAUGUCAAGCUAUUUUAGGUGAUUUUCUACACUUUUAUUUAAUGAUGAUCAGGGCAGUUUCUUGCCUGUGUGAAAAUUGUGUUCUGUGUUUUUUUUUUUUUUUUUGUGAAUCAGGCAGUACUUUGCUGGAACUAUGUGCUGACCUAAACUGGAGUGGACAAAUAAAAAAGCAAUCAAUGUACAUAUAAA